UUAUAUAAAUAUAGCGUUCGAUCGUAAACGUUGAAAAUUAUAUUUUAAUUGUUGUAUUAAAUCAACACAUUUACAUUCUAUAUUUUGCUAUAAAAUAUUUCAAGUUAAAUAAAAUAUUAUUAAAGUGUAAUAUUAAUAUAAUUAACAGAAAAAUAAUUAUUAAUUUUUGAUUCUUAUACAAUGAAGUUCAGUAUGCAUGCAUUCCAGAUUGACAAGAAACUUUUGCUGAUGAAAGUUCAUUUUUUUUUGGCAAUCGCUGGUUCUGCUCCAAUAAUUCCAUUUUUGUCAACGAUAUUGAAGCAACGAGGAUAUUCGUCUGUCAUCGUUGGUUUAGUCUUCACAUUAUAUGCGAUUCCAGCCUUAUUAGUACGACCUGUUAUAGGUGCCAUCACUGACAAAUACAAAUGCCGCAAGGUUGCAUUACUUUCAAUCAUAUUCACCAACAGUCUAGUUUUAUGUGUACUAUUACUAUUACCGGGCACACACGUAAAAACAGAAAUUGAUGACGUCGAUGUGCUCAAGUCACCGUUGUUUUGGUUAUUUUUCACCACAUUAGCCGUAUUGAAUUCGGGUAUCAUGGCGAGAUCCGUUAUGGAGACUACAAUAUGCAUUGCUGCAUUAGGUGAAAAUACUCAUAAAUUUGGUGAACAGAGAGUAUGGGGAUCAAUUGGUUGGGGCACGACAUCUUUCGUAUGCGGCGCGAUUGUAGAUUGGUUCAGUAGAGGUCAAGACUACAAAAACUAUACUCCUGGUAUAAUAAUGGCGUUGGUGAUGACCAUUUUAGAUCUAUAUGUUGCAUCAAGAAUUGAGGUUGUUCAAAAUAGUGAUAAAAAAACUGAAGCAGGUGAUAUGAAACAAGUAUUUACUAACAUAAGAGUGCUGUCAUUUAUUUUCUGGAUUUUAGCUUUUGGAUUUUUAAGUGCCUUUGUGUGGAAUUAUUUAUUUUGGUAUCUGGAAGACUUAUCGAGAUUGUACCAUCCCGAAACGAUAUCGUACAUAAAGACUUUAGAAGGGUUGACUCAGACAAUUCAAUGUUUUGGUGGAGAAAUUCCGUUUUUCUUCCUGUCCAGCUAUAUUCUCAAACGAGUGGAUGGCAUGAAAGUGUUUUCUUUGAUGUUUUUCGGGUUUGCCGUUAGAUUUUUUCUGUAUUCAAUAAUUAAAAAUCCGUUUUGGGUAUUACCAGUCGAAUUGUUGAAUGGCAUAACGUUCGCAUUGGCUUAUGCAGCAGCGACUUCGUACACAGCUGAGAUAACUCCUGUCGGUGCUGAAGGAACACUUCAAGGCAUUGUCGCGACGGCUUUUUUGGGAAUAGGAAUACCCACGGGAAGUUUAGUUUGUGGAUUUAUGUUUGAUCAUUUCGGUAGUAUUACUUCGUAUGCAAUUGUAAGCGGUGUUUCAUUUUCCAUAUGCAUUAUUCAAAUUAUCGUAAAUCAAUUAAUAAAUCGAUAUUCUAAAGACACAAAUUUAAAAAAAAAUCGUACCGUUGAUCGUAAUGCAGUCGGUGAUGUUAAUGAUAAUUUAUGAGCGAAUAAAACAUUUCAUAUUAUACAAAUAGACAAGCAUAAAUAUUUUUAAAAAAGUAAAACUACUUAAACGAGAAUAAUUGUAAUUUGUAUGUAUCGUAAAUUUUUAAUGUUGUAAUAAAAGUAUAAUAAAUAAUAUAAUAUUAUUGAAUCUUUUGGCAAUCGCUUAAAGGCAAUAAACGGCUUUAAUAAUAAUAUAAAUUAAGUAAAAACAUAAAUAUGUUAGCAUAUGAUAGUACUAUGCACUCACAUAUUUUGAUCUACUUUGUUCCAUUUUGUUUAUUUUUAUAAAAUAUCUUAGUACAGUAAAACUUCCAUAAAACGAACUUCUAUUUAAAACGAAAGUUGCUGUUUCGUGAAAUAUUUUUAAGAAUUAUGACCUUUAUUGUUAAUUUAAUAUGUAAAUUUAUCUCUAAAUAACUAAGCUGAUAUUUGAUAUAGCGAAUAAAUUAUUCGAUGACAAACCCAUUGUUGUAAAUAUUGUCACUAUCAAAUAUUAAAUAUUGUUCUGAUAUUUAAAAAUUAAUUAAACAUAAUAUUGUAUUUGAAUGUGUAAAGUUAUAUGUUAUUUAAUUAAAUAAUAAUAAAAAAAACA